UCUCAAUAAUUACUCUGUGGUGCCCUGUAGUUUGAUAUUGAAAAUGUUAUCGAUUAUUUUUUUUCUUGCCAACUAGAACGAUGUAGGCCUAAAUCAUUGAAUAUUACAUACCGUUGCAUUUACCUGUACCUUGAUAUGUUGUGUACUUAAAUUUACUGGCUGUCUGCAAUUCGUCUCAAAAGUGAAAAUAUCAACAUGGGCACCAAAGGUCUUGAUAGCUCGUUCAUGACGAAGUACUCAGCGUACAGUCCACUUAGGUUGAUAGAGCGAGAGACCGGGUUCUAUAACCCGGUGGGAGCAGGUGAUGCGAUGGCCCGCAGUUUAUACCGUGCUAUGAAACCCCUGGCAUCCUGGGACUGUGAAAUAGGGAACACACCUCCGAUCGGUGGCGUUUUCAACCUUGAAUUUUCCCCGGAAGGAUCACUACUAGUUGCAGCUUGUGAGAAGAAGUCAAUACAAAUAUUUGAUCCACUCACCCACAAAAGGAUACACUCUGUUAAUGAUGCACAUUUAGAUUGUGUGAAUUGUGUUAAAUUCCUAGACGGAAGAAUGUUUGCAACUUGCUCAGAUGACACUACAAUAGCAUUAUGGGAUGUUAGAAACUUAAAAAAGAAAAUCCGCUCCCUCCUAGGCCAUUCAAAUUGGGUGAAGAACAUUGAAUUCUCUGUAAAAGACAAACUACUAGUCACAUCUGGACUUGAUGGCAGUAUUUAUACGUGGGACAUCAAUUCCUAUACAGAGUUUAACCUAGUGUACCAAAGAGUGUUUCAUGCAUCCGGUCUGAUGAGGUGCAGAUUGUCCCCUGAUGCAAGGCAAAUGGUCAUGUGUACGACCGGUGGAUUGUUGGUCAUCAUACAUGACUUGAACUUGUCAACAUUGGCAAAUGAUUUACAUGGAUUCAAGCCAAAUCUGUACAGGCUAAUGCAAAUGAGCCAGCAGGUGAUACCCAUUGCUGCCAUGUAUGACCAUUUAUUUGACGCCAAACGCACUGAGAACAGAGUAGAGUUUGUCUCCGAUUUUCCCGAUGGCAAUGAUGCUGAGGUUGUCAGCGCUUUACAGAUCCAUCCGCAAGGCUGGUGUGCAUUGAGCAGGAACAUAAGCCAUGAUGACCGAUCUGAGUGGUCCUGCAUCCACGAUAUCCAACCGCUUGAUACCGGUUCAGAUAAGAGCUGUCGCGACACUAACUCCCCCCCGCCGCCCCGCGUGCCCGCCCCGCGCCGACCCCCGCGGCGCACGCGCUCUCACCCCUAUCGCCAACCUCGACCCAUGGCACAAGUCCCACCGAUCACUGGAGAGCAGUCGCCUUCGGUUAGCCCGAGUCGUUCGCAAGCCAGGCCGGAUCCUCUUCCACACAGGCCGGAGCCGGAAGCUGGCCCGAGCGCCCCCCGUGCAGAAGAGCGGCCCGCCAACGUAGCGCCGGUUUUGUCGAGCAUACAGAAUGACGUAUGGGAGGCCUCUAUUACAAUAAAACAACAAAGAAUGCUCCAAGAGAUGUACAGCAGGGGCCAGGUGGGCCGCAACUUCAACAUGCAGCGGAUCAUGGGCAUCAACACGGGCAUCACGCCGCCCGGUGUGAUGCGCACGCGUCACAUGCACACAGCGCCCGCUCGCCUCGUGCCCCGCCUGCACGCCACGCCCACACCCUCCAACUCCGCGCCCGACGCCGCCCUGGCUGCGGCGUCCGCCACUGACAGCUCUCCCUCUACGUCGGGCCAGACUCCUCGGCGCGAAAGCACAAGCUCGUGUGACGAGGACCAACCCGAAACUCGACACUACAUACGGCAGAACCGUGAAAGGCUGCUAUAUUACAAAGAGGAAACCAACCUGGGCAAGGGAUUUAUAAAGGAAUUAUGCUUCUCGGCGGACGGACGGCUGGUCUGCUCACCAUUCGGACGUGGCAUGAGGCUAUUAGCUCUCAACGAUAACUGCGCGGAACUAUCGCACUGCGUGCAAGAGCUCGACGGGCCAACGAAAAUGGUGGACGUCGUCCGGAGCCUCUUCAUCCAUCAGGACCUUGUAGUCAGCUCCAAGUUUAGUCCAAGGCAUCACCUUCUCGUGACAGGAUGCCUUGAGGGCAAAGUGGUCUGGUACGAUCCGUACAGUGGUCCAUCGGUGUAUUAAAACCUAGACACACAUUAAAUUCGCUACUCAUAUGAGCUCUUUCAUACCUCAAUUGCGAAUAUUGAAAUGUUUCUUGAAAUUGGAGCACGCUUUAUUUGUUUUUGGAGUGUUUGGUGUCCACACUUUUGGAUCGUGCAAAUAUAUUCUAUUCGUCCUUUGACAAAUUUAAAGUGUGAGGUUUCCAAACAUGUCCUGGCCUGAUGAACUCCGAACAAACUAUUUUAGCGGGGUUUUUAACUUGCGGAACCAGCCCGGAGUUGAAAUUUUGGCGCUGUGCUACCCGGGAGCACUUUUAAGUCGUCAGUCCCAGCUAGUGACACAAUUAUCAUGUGAUAAUCAUUAUUUUAAAACGCACCAAUCCGCAUAAGAGCACAGCAAUGGGUCGUAAAUACCACUUGCUCUCUCUCUUUGGGUUGCGGAUAAUGAUAUGGACUUACAAUAUUCCUUAUUUUAGUUUAUAAAGUUUUGACAGAUAAAUAAAAACGAAUAUAUCCACGUAAUCUCAAAGUCGUUUCGUUCGCUUAUUUUUAUCAUACAUAUUUAAAAAAGAUUCUUAUGCUUACGUUAUAUCAUUCGGACGUUAAUUUACCAAGCACUUGAGGUGCCCUUGACAAAUCAUUGUGUCUGUUUUUGUUCGCUAGACUGUUGUAUCGAGGUAGUUUAAUGUCUUUCGCAUAUCAUAUCGCCUGGACACCAACUUGGCUCAUCGAAGUGAGAGCUUUAUUCGCACGUGAGGGCUUAAUUCGCACGUGACAAAUACUUAGUGUUGUUUGAAGAAGUGUUGUUUUGUGUGACGCGGUGCCAACGAGCAGUGGCGUUUCUAGGGUCUUGAAUUAGUUAGGACCCUAGGAACGCCAUUGUUCUAAAGCAGUUAAUCCAUUUAUUAAAUAUAACAGGACUUGCUUUAGAGCAAUUGGACUAAUUUGACUCAUCAUAUGGCCGAUAUAAGGCAGUUGUUGUAGUGCCAAAUGACAAACACCAACUCAUCUUUGAAAAACAAUAAGAUUAUGGUCCACACGCGAAUUAUGACUAGAAAUAAAGGUAACUUCUAUGGUAGUACCGCCACUGCCUACCAGUGGUCCAGUCUUCGUAUACCACUGGCAUAGAUAUUUUAUAAAACCUUUGGUAUAAUUUCAAGUUAAAAAGUUGUUGAGUCGUUGAGAUAUGGUUUGCGUUACUUACGGGUUGCCAAUUUUAGACAUUUUUGAAGACCAGAACUGGUUGUAUAACCUAGCACCAUUGUAUUUAUAGCUAUGUUUUAUAAAUUAGGACUCUGCUACACAUUUUAAUAUAUGUUUUGAGUAAGUAUUUGUAGAGAUUCGAUUAACGAUAUCUCAGUCUAAUAUCAAUUCUCGUCGUCGUUGGAACUUAAAGGUAAAAGGUAUAAAAGCAUACACUUUUUACUUAGAAAAACAGAGUCGAUUAUAAAAAUUUUAUUGACCACCAUUCGAGUUUUGGACACAUACGGAAUCUUUUUUUAUAUAAAAGAAAUUUCAUAGAACAAACUGAAAUUAGACUGGUUUAAAAAAAAUUGGCAACCCUAACACCUAGUUUAUUUGUUCAUUAUUUUAAUUUGCUGAUUGUUUAAUAUUUUUUUUUUAUUAUUGUGACUGUUAUGGGUGUACAUAAUAACUAAAAACCCAUAUCCUGUAUUUUCACUGCUCUUGAUAUCCCCUGCAUGGUCGUUAUAAUUGGUAUAGAUCACUUUUAAGCGAUUUAUCCGUAUGUUUAUAGUUCGUUCGUAAAUAGUUUGCUAUACUAGUAUGCUACUUCAAAGACUCGGCACGUACUUUACACCCGCAUUGUAUGGUGGUGCGUCGCGAUUUGGAAGAUGCACAUGGCUCAACAUUUUGUUUUUCUGUUGUUUUAAUAUUGCAAUUUACUAAAAAUAAUAAAAAAAAACCUGAAGUGAUUGUAAAUUUUUUUUUUUUUUCACAGUUUCCAAAAUACUGUGUGGCAAAUUAUUUAAGCGGACGACCUUGAAACAUAUUGUGAGUGUUGUAAAAAUAAAGUAUAUUUUCAAAUUAUCUGACUUACACGUUACUGAACUGUGUAUAAUUCGAACUUACACCGACUACUUUCAGAUGAAAGACCGACGGAGCCGUCUGCCUUAACCAACUUUGUCAAAUGUAAAUAAAAACAUAGCUUUCACUUGAGAAUGACGAGGCUACACAUUUUUCGUAUAAUAUAAAUGUUUAUGUAAACAAUAAUGUGGAGUAAAAAAAAAAGCGUGGCUGUCUACCAGAGAUUUACAAGAAAAACGGUGAGCUCGGAGAAAAAAACUUUUUUUUUUAAUAACAACCUGAGCCCGUAAUGUAAUUUAAUAACUUAUGAUUUGGUACAAAAUUACAGGUUUACAAUAAGGUGUAGGUAGUUUUACGUUGGUAAUAAUGUUAAUUGGUUGAUUCCCAAAGAUUUGGAAGUAAAUAAAGAUCGGUGUUUUAUGCAUUCAAGUUGGUCCGCUAGUUAUAGCGGUGCGAUGACACAGAAAGAGAUUAGCAACACAAACUCACGGUGUAUAUUCUCUUUCAUCAUUGAUAAACAGCCACGCAAAUAGUAAAAUCUCAAAUAUUAUUCUAUGUCAAAUAAUAGAUGUCAAAUUUUUCCAUUGCCCUCUAAUAGAUGUUGUCAAAUAUUAAUCGAUGUCUAUCAUCUAUCUAUCUCUUUGAACGCUCCUGUAGUAUUGUGCGUAGUAUAAAAGGUAUUUACAGUACGCGGAAUCUAACUUGCUCGGACUGAAGAACACUACAUUUUUUUUUUACUUGUCUUAUAAAGUAAUCAAUAAUACUUUUCAAAUAAUAAUUUUAAAAGUAAAGUAUGU